GAAUUCACUCGAACGCAGCUGAAGUGAUGACGAGGUUCCACGCAGUGUUUGCUCAGAGUUCACUUGUUCCGCUGGCGAAAAUAGCUAAUGCUCCAUCUCGAUCACUAAGACUGUUGUGGGCAAUUUUCACCGCUACAAUGUUUAUGGGUCUAUGCGUCUGUAUCACUCUAGUUGUCAUCCAAUACUGUCAGCAUCAGACGGUAUUUCAGCUGGAUUAUUCCGGGCGAGACGCUGUGUAUGAUCAAAUUCCUGGAUUCACAAUUUGUCCACAAGCUGAGGAUGCGCAACGUAUUUUACGGAAGUUACUACCCGACGUGAAAACAGAUGGAUUACCGUGGCAGGACACAGACAUAAUGAAAGAGCUACGACGGCGAGCUAUGCAAAGAGCCAAAACUUUGUCUUUGGAUGUGAUUACUCAUCGAUUGCCGAAAGGUGAACUGAGAUGGGAUAGUGCAGUUACUGCACUCUCUCCCAUUUACGCCAUCUUGCAAAAUUUUAGCAUUCAGUUUCGGAUGCAGCCACCACAUUUGAUGAGUGGAUAUCGGCUAACGGUGAUGGAGCAGGUUCCAAACCUUCGCACCUUUAUGUGCACAAGUUUCGAACUGCGAUCGCGAGUGCCAACAGAUCGGUGGUCAUACUUAGAAAUAGAAAUCGAUCAGAGGGCAUCACUGAACCAGGAUGUCUCAUUCACAGUUAUCACUCAUGAAAGAGGUGAACUCCCUUUUAGCGCUUAUGAUCGACAUAUCCAAACUGUGCUCCCGCCAAAUGCAAUGGUUUCGAUAUAUUUUUCCAAGUCAGUCACAAAGCGAUUGAAUACCGCUCGAAAUCCGUGUCAUCAGGGUAUGGAUGCCAAAGUUCUGGCAGCAGAGUAUGUGGAUACCUCAACUGACCCUACAGCUUACGAGCAGGAAUUUAUGGACAAAUAUGCGUAUUCAUCUGAUGCUAACGACCAAGACGGCAGCAGCCCAGCAUACCCACACUCUCGUGUUGAGGUCCAAAAGGAGGAUAUGAUGUGGCACACAGAUCAUUUGGACAAACUGAGGCUAAACUUGAGUGAUGACAACCUGAUUGAUGAAAUGAGUGAUACACACGGGGAAAGGGCCACAACGAGAAUUCCAACGAAGCUCACAAAAACGGUAAAUCUAUUCGGUACGGAAUUCCUCUACAGCCGUGAGGCAUGUGCAUGGGCGGAAUGUUGCCUGAAAGUGGAGCGAAACUGCAACUGCACUUGUAGCAUGCAUGUGCUGCGGUUCAGUGCGGCACGGUGUGAAGCGGGACAGAAGUGCGAGGUGUCCGAGUGCAGGGAUCAACAGAUACCUUAUUCAGUUUGCCCUCUACCGUGCGUGAUGAUCAAAUUUAUAAAGCACAACGAAAUUAUUAUUCCUGCACCGGAAGCAAAUAUGUCUGUUGGGUUGAGCAAACUGAAACUGGUGCGCAGUGAGGCGGUGCAUGUGGCAAUGGAGGAAGAAAUUUUCUCGCUGGCCAAGUUGUUUUCCGAGGUUGGCGGUCUUUGCUCUUUGUUUAUCGGCUUCAGUUGUAUCUUUUUAUUCGAGUUACUAGAAGCAGCGAUCUUGAUGCGAGGUAACGUUGUGCAGCAAUCUCAGUUGCCCAUUGAUAAUCCCCGGAUUCACCCCCAGCCAACUUCUGAACAGCACCGAAUUUCACGUGACCAUAUUGUCCACAACACGCAUGUCUACACGUUAGCGAAGAGCGAGAGAAAUGAGAAUGCUCUAUGGCACCGAAACAAGUCAGUAGAUGUCACAAACAACGAAACUGAUAGCCGGAUAAAAGAUGGCGAACUCGAGAGAAGGCCUUUAGCCAAAAACAUUGCAGAAAGUGCAAGUAUCGGGAAUACACAUGCGAAUGUUGACUUUUUUGACAUACCCUCAGCUAAAUCACUACAAUCGAAAACAAAUUCUAACAUGGUGGAAUCUGAUUUUAUCACUAAACGGGAAAUACCGCGAGGCGGCUGGACACACAUGCGGUGGGAAAAUGAUACACUUAUUAUACCACUUAAAAUCUCAGAGUUUGGGAGCCUAGAAUUUGCAGACCUUAUUGGCUCAACAAAAUCCUCGGAAUGGGAAGAUUUCUAUUCACAAAGUGCCAUACAAGAAGAUAAGGAACCAAUAGGUUUAUCCGGUGAACAAUUCUUGCAGCUGCUCAUGGAAAACAGAAUCAAAUUUAGAAUGCUAUUAUGACAAAGGAAUAGAGAAUCUGCGCAAUGGAUUACGAAAUUGGACUCAUCAGAACGUUUUGGUGCCAUUAUAUGAAAAUAAAAAGCAUUUCUACAUGUUUC